AUGGAGUCCGUUCACCCGACUCACGAUAGCAGUGCCGACACCUCUGCGCACACCACAGCUGCAACGACGCCAACACACACACCGGCCAUACUUGCUACCCAGUUGUCGAAGUAUAGUCUCACCGAAGACACUCUGUUCGAGGUGCAAGAUGUAUUCAUCGAACUUGCGGAGGCUGCAGGCAUGAUGAUGGGCAAUGCCGAGCAUGCUGUUCUCUCGCAGGCCGCCACAAAGAACAACACGUCCGACUUGGUAUCAGACUAUGACAAGGCGAUUGAGGAAAUGGUACAAAAGCGUCUGAAGAAGGAGUUCCCGGAUGUCGACUUUCUGGGGGAAGAGUCUUACAAGCACGGCCAAAAGCUUACAGAUGGCCCGACCUUCGUCGUGGACCCUGUCGAUGGCACGAUCAACUUCACACGUGGCUUCCACAACUUCGCGAUCUCCUUGUGUCUCGCAAUUGAGAAGAAGCCUGUCGUUGCCGUCAUUUACAGCCCAAACCUCGGCAAGCUGUUCACGGCUAUCAAGACUCAUGGCGCCUUUAUGGCCAAGCUUGCAUCGCUACCCAAGUUCAAGCUCCCUCUGACGCCCAUCCCACCGCCCAUGCCAUCCCUCAAGAAGCGUCUUAUCGCCGUCGAGUGGGGCAAUGAGCGUAAGGGCCCUAACUGGGAACUGCGCACCGACGUGCAUACCAAGCUGCUUACCUCCGACGAAGCUGGGGGCAAGAUGAUCCUUUCUUGUCGCUCAUCAGGCUCUGCCGCGCUCGACUUUUGCUACGUCGCAGCUGGUAUGUUUGACGCGUUUUGGGAGGGAGGUGUGUGGGUGUGGGACGUGGCUGCAGGCUGGUUGAUCGUUGAGGAAGCUGGCGGUAUCAUCGCCUCCGCAAACCCGGGCGACUGGCAUCCAACUAUGGAAGGCCGCACUUAUUUCCCUGUCCGGGGCGCGAAGCGCGAGGAGCAGGAGGCUGUUGUGGAGGAGCUUUGGGCAGUCAUGGGUGAUCGCAAGUUCGUGUACCAGGACAAGAAGAAGCCGAAUGACGGCACUGUCUCGGCAGCCGAGACUGUGUAG